AUGAAAACUGAGAAGGAGCCGGGGGUCGUACUCAUCACAGAGAAUAGUGUUUUGGAAGACUCCUGUAACCGGCGACAGACUGCACAGCCACCGCAUGACCCAGGCCCAGGCAGCUACCGCAUCCCCCACACCCAGGCAGGCACUGCAUUCCCCACGCCCAGGCAGCUACCGCAUCCCCCACACCCAGGCAGGCACUGCAUGCCCCACCCCCAGGCACCCAGGCAGGCACUGCAUGCCCCACCCCCCAGGCAGCCACUGCAUCCCCGCCCAGGCAGCCCAGGCAGCCACUGCAUCCCCCGCCCACCCCCAGGCAGCCACUGCAUCCCCCAGGCACCCCCCCAGGCAGCCACUGCAUCCCCCGCACCCCAGGCAGCCACUGCAUCCCCACGCCCAGGCAGCCACUGCAUCCCCCACGCCCAGGCAGCCACUGCAUCCCCCCCCCCACGCCCAGGCAGCCACUGCAUCCCCCACGCCCAGGCAGCCACUGCAUCCCGCCCAGGCAGCCAGCGCAUCCCCCACACAGGCCCAGGCAGCCACUGCCCCCAGGUCCCACCCCCAGGCAGCCACCGCAUCCCCCACGCCCAGGCAGCCACCGCAUCCCCCACCCCCAGGCAGCCACUGCAUCCCCCCCCCCAGGCAGCCACCAUCCCCCACCCCCAGGCAUCCCCCACGCCCAGGCAGCCACCAUCCCGCCCAGGCAGCCACCGCAUCCCCCACGCCCAGGCAGCCACCGCAUCCCCCCCACCCCCAGGCAGCCACCGCAUCCCCCACACCCAGGCAGCCACCGCAUCCCCCACACCCAGGCAGCCACCGCAGCUUGCCAUUUGCUAA